AAUAAGCUUAAUAAUGAUAAAUAUACAUAUCGAAUAAAAAGCUAUUAUAUACAAGUUAUGGAAUCAAUUGCUAUUUAUUUCUUUACUAUUUUUUGUCAUUAUUUCAUACUUUUUGAAUAAUGAUGAAUAAUUAAUAUCAUGUACGUAAAUCUAAAUAUGUAAAUUUAUCUUUUUUUUUUAUAGGAUUAUAUUUUAUAAAUGCUUCAAAUUUGAUUGACUAAUCAGAACAAGAAGAGCACAGAUAUGCUACGAACUGUUCUGAAAACAUUGUUACAUCGAAUGAAACACGUGGUUUCUCGAUUGUAAUUAUUACACCAUAACCUGCAAUUGUGUGAUGGCUCUCACGUGUUCUGUGAUUGUCAAAUAAUCGCUUUUCAUAUAUAAUUGUACACAAUGUUAAUUGAGAAAUUGUCAAAUUUCUGCGAGAGAAAUGAGAAAUAUAAACAAAGAUUCUUUCCUCCUGAGGAAAUUCAUCAAAUCGAGUCUGACAGAAUUUUAGAAAUAUUAUGCGAAUUUAUAAUGCAGCCGGAGUGCACAGAAGAUGUUGCUGACUGUUUUCCAGAAUUAUUACCGGCACUCGUUUCAAUGGCGAUACCUGGAGACGACAUACAAUUAACUGCACUAAUUGACAAGGAUAUUAUUCAUAGAUUGAACUGCGUCAUACUAGGAAAACUGCUUCUAGUUAAUCAAGAUUUACUAAAAACAUUUGUUUUACAAUAUUUUGAUGUUAAUCCAGCACCAUUUGAAUUUUAUAACACAGAAAAUUCGUCUCUUGAAACUGUUACACCUGCAAAAAGACGAAAUACAAAGAAAUUAUCGUAUAAUGUAUCCACAGUAUCUGAAUAUGAUAUUGUUAUUGCGUGUUAUAACAUUUUGCAGUCUGCUGUCAGCCAUUUUAAACAUAAAUGGAAUUGGUCCAAAUUUUAUACAUAUUUGACAAAUGCAGAUGAUAGAGUAAAGUGGGCUGCCUUAAAAUGCAUAGCAAUAGUGUUAAACAUGUCUGAAUCAACAAGAUUAUUAUGUGCGCAAACAUUUAUUUCAAACUUUGAAAAAUUUUUGACUGAUUAUGAAGACAAAAGAACAAACAUCAGUACUGCUUGUGCGAAUUUGGAAUCGAUGGAAGAUAUAGUAAAAAAUAGCUCGUCUAUCAUAUCUGUCAGUGGCAUUUUGUUACCUACUCUUCAGAAGAAUCAAGACUUCAAUAAGUUAGUUCCAGUUUCGUCCACGACGAAAAAUCUGCAAAGUCUGGCAAUGGCCAUUGGCUCCAGGAAAUGUAUUUGCUUGCAAGGACCAGUAGGCUGUGGUAAGACAGCUUUGGUAGAAUAUUUAGCCAAAGUCACCGGACACGACACUUUGAAUUUCGUCAAGAUACAACUAGGGGAUCAGACUGAUUCGAAGAUGCUACUGGGAAUGUACAAGUGUACCAAUGUGCCCGGCGAAUUUAUUUGGCAACCGGGCGUCCUCACACAAGCAGUUAUCGCCGGCAAAUGGUUGCUACUAGAAGAUGUAGACAGCGCUGCUCUGGAUGUAAUCAGUGUUUUAAGCAAUUUGAUGGAAACAGGAAUACUGUGUGUACCCGGCUAUCGCGAUACUGUUUAUGCCAAUAGUAAAUUUCAAUUGUUUGUCACUCGGCGAUUGAUGACAUCUGCUACAGGCAUUCAAAAGCAUGUCACAGGAUCUUUGAGUUUAUUGCAGAAACAUUGGUUGUGUUUAAACGUGGAGCCUCUAUCCAAGAACGAAUUAGUAACUGUAGUCAAAACGCUAUUUCCAGUACUAAGUACUAUCGCUACUAGAAUAGUAGACGUGUUCUUAUUGUUUUCUGUAGGGCAUCACGAUAGUGAAAAUGACGCGAGUAAUGCUAUAGCAUCACUGAAGAUUGGACGACAAACGUCGACAAGAGAUUUGAUAAAAUGGUGUUCCAGAGCUAUCGUCGAUUUCGACGUUUCAUCGCCAAAUUCUUCAUUAAAAAUAUAUCAAGAUGCUUUGGACGUCUUUUGCUAUUCGGUGCCUAAUCCAAAUCAACGGUUAAACUUGGCUAAAUUGGUAGCUUCCAAACUCGGCAUUAUAGAAACUAAAGCGGAAUACUUCUGCAGUUUACACAAGCCUUCCAUAGAUUUGCGUUCCAAUGUUCUGACAGCGGGUAGAGCGCAAUUGCUUUGCAAGGAAACACAGUUCGCUCGUAGAACGUAUGUAGAAAAUACCAAUUUUUCAUUUACAAGAAUUUCCGCAUGUUUAUUGGAACGCAUAGCCAGCUGUAUCAUGCAAAAGGAACCUGUAUUGCUAGUCGGCGAGACAGGUACUGGAAAAACGAGUGCAAUACAGUAUUUGGCGAGAAGCACUAAUCAUAAAUUGACAGUUAUAAAUAUGAACCAACAAAGUGAGAGCGUCGAUUUAUUAGGCGGUUACAAACCGGUUGAUUUAAAGUUUCUGAUUUCACCUAUUCUUAAAGAAUUUGAGGAACUGUUUUAUAUUUAUUUUGCGAUAGAACCGAACAAACAGUACUUGGAUAGCAUAACUUUGUGUCACGACCAGCAUAGAUGGGAUGACCUUCUUGCUAAAAUGUUUCGAAGUACACUCGCCGCUGUGAGGACACAGAAAGAUAGAUUGCAAAAGUUACUGGAAGAAUUUAAGCUUAAACAAGACGAGAAAGGACAUUCCAGACUACUCAAUCAUCUAGAUAUGCUGAAGAAAUGGAAGAAAAUACGGGACAAACUUAAUAAACUCAAAACUCAAGUGAAGAGUCACUAUGCGUUCUCUUUUAUGGAAGGGAGUUUGAUCAAGGCUUUACGGAAUGGCGAUUGGGUUCUCUUAGACGAGAUUAAUCUGGCGAGCGCGGAGACGCUGGAGUGUCUUUCCGGUUUACUGGAGAGUUCUUCGGAAUCGCUAUCGUUGCACGAGCACGAUGGCGAGCCUGUGACUAGACAUCCUGACUUCACAAUAUUUGCCUGCAUGAAUCCGGCCACAGACGUCGGCAAGAGAGAUCUACCAGUCGGUUUGAGGAACAGAUUCACCGAAUUCUACGUCGACGAGUUAACUGCGCUACCGGAUCUUCGGCUGCUGGUGAAUUCUUAUUUGGAAACUUUACAUCUGCCUGUGAAGGUACACGAAGCCAUCGUGAAAUUCUAUUUGAAUGUGAGAAAAGAAGCUACGAACACGUUGUUCGACGGGACGGCGCACAAACCACAUUACAGUCUUAGAACACUUUGUCGCGCGUUAUAUAUUUCUGCGUCGAAUCCCUGCGGCAAUUUCCACAGAUCUAUGUACGAAGCCUUUUCUUUGAGUUUCCUGACGCAGCUGGAUUACAACUCGUAUCCAAUUGUACAGGAAAUGAUCACGAGAGCUAUUUUGCGUGAUCAAAAUGUCAAAGCCUUCCUUGGCAAUCCUAUACCGAAACCGAAAUGCAAUUCGGGCGAGGAGUAUGUGUGCAUCGAAGGAUAUUGGGUUCUUCAAGGAAGUUUAACGCCCGAGGUACCUAGCAAUUACAUAUUGACCGAUUCCAUCAGAAGAAAUUUGAGAGACCUGGUAAGAGUGGUCUCGAUCGGAAAAAUCCCAGUUUUAUUACAAGGUGACACAUCAGUAGGAAAGACCAGUUUGAUCACUUAUCUGGCGAAGACCACCGGACACGUCUGUGUCCGAAUAAAUAAUCAUGAGCAUACAGAUUUAGAGGAAUACGUCGGAAGUUACAUGGCGGACGAAACUGGCAAGUUGGUGUUCAAAGAAGGUAUCUUAGUUGACGCGAUGCGUAAAGGAUACUGGAUUAUCUUGGACGAAUUAAAUUUAGCUCCAAGCGACGUGCUGGAAGCUUUGAAUCGGGUCCUCGACGACAACAGAGAGCUCUUCAUACCCGAGACGCAGCAAGUCGUGAAAGCGCACAAACAUUUUAUGUUAUUUGCGACGCAAAAUCCUCCUGGUCUUUACGGCGGUCGAAAAGUCCUAUCCCGAGCGUUCAGAAAUCGAUUCGUAGAAUUGCACUUCGAUGAGAUUCCGCCGAAUGAAUUACAGACGAUACUCGGCAAGAGAUGCAACAUGCCCGAAUCGUAUUGCAAACAAGUAAUUAAUGUAAUGACGGAUCUUCAAAUAAGGCGUAAGAGUACAGCGGCUUUUGCCGGUAAGAAGGGAUUUAUAACUUUGCGAGAUCUGUUUCGUUGGGGCGAGAGGUAUAGAUUAGCACCCGAGGUAGGCAACAAGUUUUACGAUUGGAGUCAACAUAUGGCGGACGAGGGCUACCUCGUUCUCGCGGCUAAAGUCCGUCGAGCGGAAGAGGCAGACCAGAUAAGGCAAGUAAUAAAGAAGCAUCUGAAGAGAGACGUGGAUCCUGAGAGCCUGUUUACGUUGAACGACAAGACCUCGCCUGUGACGAGACGGAUUUUAGAGGAGAUCUUGAACAACAAGAUCUCAGGCUUUGAUCACAUCGUGUGGACUUAUCAUAUGCGUAGAAUGGCGGUGUUGGUGAAGAAAUCCUGCCAGUUCAAGGAACCGGUGUUGCUGGUCGGGGAAACCGGUGGAGGCAAAACUACAAUCUGCCAGCUGAUCGCCGCUAUCAACAAUCAAACCAUGCGCAACGUUAAUUGUCAUAUGCACACCGAAUCGUCCGAUUUCCUGGGAAAUCUGCGACCGGUUCGAGAGCGAGCCGAGGGUGAUCAGAGGCUCUUCGAGUGGGUGGACGGUUCUCUGAUAAAUGCGAUGCGUCAUGGCGAUCUGUUUUUAGCCGAUGAGAUCUCCUUGGCUGACGACAGCGUUCUGGAGAGAUUAAAUUCAUUGUUGGAACCGGAACGUAGUCUUCUGUUGACCGAGAGAGGAAUCGAGUCAUCAUGUGGUGAAGAAAACGCAGUGAUUGUCGCUGAUGAGAAGUUUGUAUUUAUCGGCACGAUGAAUCCUGGCGGCGAUUACGGUAAGAAGGAACUCUCGCCGGCCUUGCGGAAUCGUUUCACCGAGGUAUGGUGCGAAGGAUGUAUGGCGAGGAACGAUUGGCGCGACAUAAUAGCGCACAAUCUUCGCAUUGACUCGCAGUCGACGAGGGAGUCCGUCGCCAUCGCGAUAUUGAGAUUCACCGAAUGGUUGCACAUGACCGAAGUGGGCAAGAAGCUCACCGUGACCAUACGAGAUGUGCUCACUUGGGUCGAUUUUAUUAACACGUGCACCCAGUGCGACACACUCGUGUCGAAACUAUCAGUCGGAGAAGCGUAUUAUCACGGUGCUUGUCUCACGUACAUUGAUAGCCUCGGAUCUGGCUGCACAGGCUCGGAAAGCAUCGGCAAAUUGAGGGAUUUUGCAGAGGCAGCUCUCCGAUUUAUUAGCUCAGAAGUGGAAAAUACAAUAAAAUCUGAUCUUAAUAUGGAAACUUCUCGGAUAAACGAGAAAGCCGUUAUGGAUGCUUCAGACGUAUUUGGCAUAUCACCGUUUUAUAUAAAGAAAGGACCGCACAUCUUUCCUGAAAAUCACGUUUUCACAUUUACAACUCCCGCUACGAAGCUGAAUACGUUGAAGCUGUUAAGAGCAUUGCAAUUGAGCAAACCGAUUCUGCUGGAAGGAAGUCCAGGUGUAGGAAAAACCAGUCUAGUUUCCGCACUUGCCAAAGCCGCAGGACAGACUUUGCUUAGAAUCAAUUUAAGCGACCAAACGGACGUAUCCGAUUUGUUUGGCGCCGAUCUUCCUGUAGAAGGUGGAAAAGGCGGUGAAUUUGCAUGGCGGGAUGGGCCGUUUUUGCGAGCCUUGCGGGCCGGAUAUUGGAUCUUGCUCGAUGAAUUAAAUCUAGCCUCGCAAUCGGUUCUGGAAGGCCUCAACGCCUGCUUUGAUCACAGAGGAGAAAUAUACAUCCCCGAACUAGGAAAAACAUUCUUGGUUAAGCCUGGCACAAGAUUAUUUGGCUGUCAAAAUCCCUUACGGCAGGGUGGAGCCAGACGAGGAUUACCAAAAUCCUUCUUAAAUAGAUUUACCCAGGUUUCUAUAGAGAUGUUAAUGGAAGACGAUUUGAAAUUUAUACUCGGUGUGCAAUUUCCACAACUUCCUGUGGACUUGAUCAAUGACAUGGUACAGUUCAAUAGUAAAUUAGUGUCGGAAAUUGGCGUUGUGUGGGGACAUGCCGGGUCUCCAUGGGAAAUGAAUCUACGAGAUAUCACUCGAUGGUGCGAGACGACUAUCAAGGCUGCUUCUAAUAAAUAUCGUGGCAAUAAACGAUAUUUUAAUCCGGGUGAUAGUGUGGAGCUUAUUUAUGUUAAUAGAAUGAGGACUAAUGAAGAUCGGCAAAAGAUCUAUCAUAUAUAUCAAGAAAUGUUCUCGCCCGAAAAAUAUCCGCUCCCACCUAAUCAGUUACCGAUGCACAUCACAGCAGAUAAACUGUUCAUCGGCGAUGUGACGCUAAGGCGGGAAAAUUGUUGCGCAGACGAAGACUGUAAUUUGUUAGUGCUCAGAGAUCAGAGAACGACAUUAAAGAGUCUCAUGCAAUGCGUUAAGAUGAAUUGGAUGUCUAUACUUGUUGGUCCUUCCGGUUGCGGGAAGAGCAACGUGGUUCGUCUACUUGCUGCUUUGACGGGUCAGAAGCUGAAAUCCAUAGCUGUGAACUCUGCGAUGGACACGACUGAGAUAUUAGGUGGCUUCGAACAGGUGGAGGCAGCAAGAGACUCGGUCUCCUGGACAGUUCCUCUUCGUAAAGACUGGAGGUGCUCUUCGGUCUUGAAGUCAAACUCCAGGGAUCGGGUACCGCGAUAGAAUUGUCCUAUACAAUAAUUAUACAUUUAUAUGCAUUCGCCACAAGUUUAAUUAACAGUGUUUGCUGUUAUUUAAAUAAAAUUAUAUAGAUGAUCAUCUAGAUGAAACUUUGGCGUUAUCUUAUCUUAUAUAGACAAUAAGAAUAUGUAUUAUUUUGGUUUAGAAUCA